AUGGCCAGUGUUGCCCUUCAGAUCGAGAACCAGUUCUCCAAUCCGAUGGUGCCGCGACGACUGCAAGAGACGAUGCCAAGCGGGCUUUCGAUCCAACUGUCAUCGGAUGGCUACCGAUGUCUCAGGGAGCGUGUGGACAAGGAGCUGUUUCCCAUCGCUGAAGCUGCCUGGGGACUGUCGCCUCUGGCGUUCUUGCUUUGCGGAGCGCAGCUCUUCAACGUGCUUGUUGUUGCCUUGCUGGUGUUUCUGGACAUCUUCUUCCUGGACGAGGUAAGCCUCUACGUGGUGGAAGGCAUCCUUGCCGUUUUCGGCACAAGUGGCGUCGUGCUGGGCCUGUGGCGGCUCCACAGCCGCCUUCGCAAAGCCGCCAAAGAGGCGGAGGCUGCUCUUCGCGAGGCCUUGGCAGAGGAGAGCGCAAAAACGCCAGAGCUGACGCUGCAAUUGAGCGUCCAACCCCAGCCCUGGCACCUGCCGAUCUUCGGCAUCAUGGCCGUUUGCGAGGGCGCCGUGGCCAACCCGCCUGCUCCGCUUUCGGACGUGGUACUGGAAGUUUGCUGA